UGUUCCCGUGUAGGAAAUUGGUUAUCAGUUUAAGCUCAAUUUCAGGUUUUUUUCCUUUUGGAGCUGCAUUGUUAAUGGCUGAAGUACUAAACAUAGCUAAAGACACGGACUAAAGAUUCUUUUAGAUGGGUUCCGACUUCAAAACAACCGAUAAUGUAAGAAAAAUAAGUACAGACUCUCUUGUGCUUAGCGUCGUUCCGUAAUUAACGCUGUCAAAAACACAUCAGCUGUUCCAAUCCAAAUGCCAAACAACAACAAACAUUUUUGUAAUGUUGGGGUAAGAGCCAUAUUUCCAAAAAAAUUGGCUGUUUAGAAACAAAAUGAGAUGCAUCCACAUGAACAUACGCCAGGCCGUUUUCGUGUUACUUACUUUUCUGGCGAACAACAUACAAUCAGCUGAUAACACCAUAAAACUCACGGCAAACAACGUGAGAAAGAACGCAACUUCCACGAUUGAUAUUAAGGAGCUCGAUAUACUUAACAUACCAGUGGAAAAUUGUCCGCUCAACUUCGCCUGCAAAGACCUUCCAGUGGAAUGCUUGCACUGCCCCUUGAACGACACCUGCGAAUACGGAGAAUUACUGCACGCAGACUGCCACGUGAAAAGUACAACUAAAUGCCAUGGCCGUAGAGACUUUCCCAAAAAGUACAUUUGCCGCUAUUGCUACCAGACUGAGAGGUGGGAACACAACUGCGAUCUGAGAGCCACCUGCGACUCAGUGUCUUCGCCUAGAGACAUCUACACUAGCAACUGCACCGUGCACGACAAUAUUCUAUGUCUGGGCCACCGCACGUUCUACAAGAAAAUUGUCUGCAACUGGACGAAGGGCAAACGAUGGUGGACCACUUUGGCCCUGAGCAUUACGCUGGGCGGCUUCGGCGCUGACCGGUUUUACUUGGGCCACUGGCAAGAAGGAAUUGGCAAACUAUUCAGCUUCGGCGGCUUGGGCGUCUGGACUAUAGUGGAUGUGGUCCUGAUCUCGCUGCACUAUUUGGGACCGGCCGAUGGCUCCCUGUAUUUGUAGAGCGAAUGAAAUCGCGCAUUUCACAUUCUAGGGGUUGGAAACAUGCCUAAAACACUUACGGGACAUGUGAGGGAACGACAACUGUGCUCAUUUUAGGAAAUGUUAUGACUGAAGAAAACCACUACUUUAAAUUGGCGUAUUCAUUAAAUCACCAACCGUAUAUAUCA